AUGCAAUUGCAGCAUAUUUUUAGUGUCCCUUCGAAUUUUCUUACAUUUAUUUUUUCUUUAUUGCAAUCUUUCAUUGACUCUUUUAUUUAUUUCUAUUGUUUUCUUUACUACCUUUUUCUACUUUCUUUCUCUGUAAUUAUAUUCUAUCUAUCUAUCUAUCUAUCUAUCUAUCUUAAUCUAUUCAUAUCUUCUAUUCAUAUCUAUCUAUGUUUGUAUCUUGGUCUAUUCAUAUCUAUCUAUCUAUCUAUCUAUCUAUCUAUCUUAGUCUAUUCAUAUUUGUCUAUUUUAGUCUAUUCAUAUCUAUCUAGGUUAGUAUCUUGGUCUAUUAUUCAUAUCUAUCUAUCUAUCUAUCUUAGUCUAUUCAUAUCUGUCUAUUUUAAUCUAUUCAUAUCUAUCUAUGUUUGUAUCUUGGUCUAUUCAUAUCUAUCUAUCUAUCUAUCUAUCUAUCUAUCUAUCUAUCUAUCUUAUCUAUUCAUAUCUAUCUAUCUAUCUAUCUAUCUUUUCUAUCUAUCUAUCUUAUCUAUUCAUAUCUAUCUAUAUCUUGGUCUAUUCAUAUCUAUCUAUCUAUCUAUCUAUCUAUCUCUCUAUCUAUCUAUCUAUCUUAGUCUAUUCAUAUCUGUCUAUUUUAGUCUAUUCAUAUCUAUCUAUGUUUGUAUCUUGGUCUAUUCAUAUCUAUCUAUCUAUCUAUCUAUCUAUCUAUCUAUCUAUCUAUCUAUCUAUCUGUCUGUCUUUGUAUCUAUUUUUUCUCUCUCAGUUCUCUAUUCUUUUAUUUCUUUCCUAUCUCAUCAUUUUUUUAACACUUCUCCCUCUAAACUAUCACUCCUUUUUUUCUUCUUCUUUUGGUAUACCCUUCAUAUAUACAUUAUUUCUUCUCUUUCAUCUCUUCCUUUCACUUUCUGUACAUUUUCUUCUAUUGUUGGCUUUCCUGUCUCUCUUCUUUCUUUCUACCACUCUGUAAUUAUAUUCCUUAUUUCCUAUCUAUCUAUCUAUCUAUCUAUCUAUCUAUCUCUCUAUCUAUUUUAUGUCUAUCUAUCUAUCUAUCUAUCUAUCUAUCUAUCUAUCUAUCUAUCUAUCUAUCUUAGUCUAUUCAUAUCUAUUUAUCUAUCUAUUUUAGUGUUUUCACAUCUAUCUUAUUGUUGUUGUUGUUGUUGUUGUUGUUCUUCUUCUUCUUCUUCUUCUUCUUCUUCUUCUUCUUACUCCUCCUCUUUUUUGUCUGCAAUAUGUUUUCUUGAAUCUUCUCAUUCAAUUUCUUUCUUUUCUUCUUUCAUUUUCUUCUUUUUUCUCCUCCUCCGCCUCAUCUUCUUCUUCCUCUUCUUCUUCUUCUUCUUCUUCUUCUUCUUCUUCUUCUUCUUCUUUGUUUUCAAUAGGUUUUCUUGA